AUUUAUUAUUUAUUUAUACAGAGAGUGAAAGGCGUUCACUACUCUCCUCUAGAAGGGCAAAUCAAAAGAAAAUCAAAAUCCAAAAUAAAAGGAAAAGAAAAAACAAAUAAACCAGCAUAUAUAUUUUCAUGUUCAUAUAUUUCUCUCUAUGUUCAGAGAUUCGUCUCCUGCACCUUUGAUUUUACUCGAACAAUUAGCUGAUAAAUCCGGAAAUUGAACUUUUUCAUUCAUUAAGUUUGAUAGAGAGAUAAAAAGGUGAAAAAUGGCAUCAAUGGUCGCUAAAGCCAAUAGUAGUAGCUGUAGCAGUCAAGUGACACCAUUGGUAUCGGUCCAAGAAAAAGGGAGUAGAAAUAAGAGAAAAUUCCGAGCUGAUCCCCCUUUGAGCGACCCCAGUAAGAUUAUGCCUUCAUCUCAAAAUGAAUGCUCAGGUUAUGAAUUCUCUGCUGAGAAAUUUGAAGCUACCCCAGUUCAUGGCCCAUCCAGUGUAUGUGACCUGUGUGGUGUUAGCCAAGACCAUUCUGAUGGAUUGAAGCUUGACCUUGGAUUGUCUAGUGCCAUAGGAUCAUCUGAGGUUGGAACGAGCCAUCCUAGAGAGGAAUUAGAAUCAAAAGAAUCCCAUGAUGCUGAUUGGAGCGAUUUUACAGAAACCCAGCUAGAAGAACUUGUGUUAAGCAAUUUGGAUGCAAUCUUUAAGAGUUCCAUUAAAAAAAUUGUUUCUUGUGGUUAUACUGAAGAAGUUGCUACUAGGGCUGUUUUGAGGUCUGGCCUUUGUUAUGGUUGUAAAGACACAAUGUCGAAUAUUGUUGAUAAUACUUUAGCAUUUCUUAAGAAUGGUCAAGAGAUUGAUCCUUCAAGGGAGCACUGUUUUGAGGAUUUACAGCAGUUGGAGAAAUAUAUAUUGGCAGAAUUGGUUUGUGUUCUCCGAGAAAUUAGGCCUUUCUUCAGCACUGGAGAUGCAAUGUGGUGCUUAUUGAUUUGUGACAUGAAUGUUUCUCAUGCUUGUGCAAUGGAUGGUGAUCCCUUGAGUGGUUUUUCUUCUGAUGGGGCUUUGACUGGGGCUUCCUCUGUUCCCAUCCAACCCCAGAUGAAAGCAGAAGCCAAAUGUACCGAAUUAAGUCUCCCAAAUCCAAGUAAAUCAGAGCCUUCCGUUUCUUGUUCUCAUAAUUCUCAAUCUGAUGCUUCCAGAAAUACGACAGGAGUUCCCAACAUGACAAAACUGAAGAACCCUGGUGUUCUUAGUGGAUUGGUCUCAGAGAAAGAUGGAUCAAUGUCUACCUUUGAUUCGUCAGAUAAAUCUUUCAACAUUGCAGGAACAUCUCAAUCUCCUGUAUUGGAAGAAAAGUUUAUAGUCAGUAGGAAGGUCCAAUCUACUAGUGGCAAGAGAGAGUACAUACUUCGGCAGAAGUCACUCCAUCUGGAGAAGGGCUACCGAACAUAUGGGCCUAAGUCAAGAUCGGGAAAGUUGAGUGGUUUGGGCGGCUUAAUACUGGAUAAGAAAUUGAAAUCUGUCUCAGACUCUGCUGUUAAUGCUUCUUUAAGAUUGAGCAAGGUAAUGGGAGUUGAUGUGCCUCAAGAUAAUGGAAGCCAGAAUUUUUCUAGCAAUCCUGGAUCCUCUUACUCAGCAUCUUUUAGUUUAGAAACCUCUAAUACAACCUCUUCUUUACCCAAGACCAAUAUCCCAUCUACAUUAUCUCCCGUGAACACAACACCUACAUUACCUGAACUCAACAGUCCACCUGCAUUGUCAGCUACUGAUACUGAGCUGUCUCUUUCACUGCAUGCAAAAAGCAACAACGCUUCAGUCCCCGCUAAUUCUAAUGCCGAGGCUCCUAGUUGUGGUUAUACUGGGAUACAAUAUGAUAAAUCUCUGGCCCAAUGGGUUCCAAGGGAUAAAAAAGAUGAAAUUAUAGUGAAGCUGGUUCCCAGGGUGCAGGAACUUGAAAAUCAGCUUCAAGAAUGGACAGAAUGGGCAAAUCAGAAAGUGAUGCAGGCUGCUCGGAGGCUUAGUAAGGAUAAGGCUGAACUUAAGUCACUUAGGCAAGAGAAAGAAGAAGUUGAACGGCUUAAGAAGGAGAAACAAAAUCUGGAGGACAGCACCGUGAAGAAGCUCCAAGAGAUGGAAAAUGCAUUAUGCAAGGCUGGUGGGCAGGUUGAGAGAGCCAAUUCUGCUGUCCGGAGGCUUGAGGUCGAGAAUGCUGCACUGAGGCAAGAGAUGGAGGCUGCAAAACUGCGAGCAGCUGAGUCAGCUGCAAGCUGUCAGGAAGUAUCAAAGAGGGAGAAAAAGACAUUGGUGAAGUUUCAGUCGUGGGAGAAGCAGAAAACUCUUUUACAGGAAGAACUUGCAACUGAAAAACGUAAGGUUGCACAGUUACUGCAGGAUUUAGAACAUGCUAAACAAUUACAGGAACAACAUGAGGCUAGAUGGCAACUAGAAGAGAAGGGAAAGGAAGAACUUAUUCUGCAAGCCAAUUCAAUUAGAAAAGAAAGAGAACAGAUUGAGGCUUCAACUAAAUCUAAGGAGGAUAUGAUCAAAUUGAAAGCAGAAACUAAUUUGCAGAAAUACAAAGAUGACAUUCAGAGGCUUGAAAAAGAAAUCUCUCAAUUGAGAUUGAAGACCGAUUCGUCCAAAAUUGCAGCACUACGAAGGGGCAUCAAUGAAAGCUAUGCAAGCAGGGUGACAGACGUCAAACAUAAUACUGCCCAGAAGGAGUUAUUGGCUCAUUUCUCAGAAAUGGUUGUUGCAAACUUCAAUGAGUACACCAUGGGAGGAGGGGUGAAACGAGAAAGAGAAUGUGUGAUGUGCCUUUCAGAAGAGAUGUCAGUAGUUUUUCUCCCCUGUGCCCAUCAGGUGGUUUGCACAAUGUGCAAUGAGCUACAUGAGAAACAGGGAAUGAAGGACUGUCCUUCAUGUAGGAGUCCUAUACAACGCCGUAUUCCUGUAGUUUAUGCCCGUCCUUAGCCUACAAUAAUAAUAAUAAUAAUGGAGUUGGACGGGCUUGAGGUUGGUUUUGAGUGCUCUAAAUAAUUGUUGUGGGACUCAUUUGAGUUGAAUAAUGCAUAUGAGUUGCUUCAUAUUUUAACAAUUAAGAGAAUUUUACAAUGCAAGGGUAAUGCACUGCUUGCUCACACAUUCUUUUGUGUUGUUGUUGUUGUUA